AUGUUUACUACUGUAGCAGGUCAAUGCGGCCCCUACCGCUGCCAGAACGGAGCAUGCGAAGUGACGGGCGAUAACUACAGGUGUCGUUGUGAAUCGGGCUUCUUUGGGAACGACUGUUCGCAGAGAGACUGUAAGCCGCCGUGCGCGCACGGCAUCUGCGUGCCGACGACCGGUGCGCCGUCGUGCACAUGCGCGAAAGGCUACGCUGGAACGAGCUGCGAGUUCACAAUUGUUACAAAAGCGUCGACAACGACUAGUGUUACGUCGGCGACGACGCCCGCGAGUCAAACGCUAGAAGAGACAACGCUAUCGAGUACAAAACAAUCAGCUCCGCAGAGCACAAAUACCGCAACCUUAGAGGCGACGAAAUCGUCAAUUUCACAAGAAGAAGGGCCGCUACGGAAGACGUCAACACAGCCAAUCACGCAGGCGACUGAACAGUCAUUUGUGCAGACAACAAAACAUCCAAUUAAACAGACAACUAAACAGUCAAUUUUAGAGACGACAGCACGGCUCACGAUCAGUCCAGAGACGGGUAAAUCACCAACUGCGCAGCCAAUUCCAAAGACGACUGCACAGACAAUUCCAAAGACGACUGCACAGACAAUUCCAAAGACGCACUGGCACAGACAAUCCAACCAGCCGACUGCGCACAGCCCAAUAUAA